AUGUCGGCACCCGACAAUGCAGAGUAUGAGCUGCUCACUGAGCACUUUAGCUACCCUCCAGUCUCUCUCCUCGACGACAUCAUCAACGCCGUCAAUGUCCUCGCCGACCGCGCCCUCGGCGCCGUUGAGACCGCCCUCACUAAGCUCCCCGCGCAGAGCCUCGGCUUCGGCGGCGGCGGCGGUCCUUCCAAAAAGCGCGGCGCACCCGGCGCCGACCCCCCCGCCGCUCCCGACACUGCGACGACGACGCCCAGCCCCGACGAGGCCGCCAAGCGCGAAAUCGAGCACGGCACGCACCAGCUCGAGACGCUGCUCAACGCGUCCAUUGACAAGAAUUUUGACAUUUUCGAGCUCUACGUCAUGCGCAACAUUCUCACCGUCAAGCCCGACGACCAGCCGUACAUGCAGCUCGCGCACUAUCAAGGGCUCGAUUUCGACGCGCCGCCGGCGGCUGCUGGUGCCGACGCCCAGCAGCAGCAGCAGCAGCCGACGCUGGACUCGGUCACGCAGCUGCGGCGUAGGCUGCACGCCAGCCAGAAGCUGCAGGUCGCGCUCGAGACGGAGCGCGUGCGCAACGACGCGCUUCUCAGGACGCUGCGCGCCGCGGUAGGUGUCAGCAAGCCCGCAGCGUCGGCGUCGGUGAAGAAGGAGGAUGGCGAGGCGGCCGGGGGCGAUGAUGCCGAGAAGCAGCAGCAGCAGCAGCAGCAGACCGAUACGCUGGGCUUCCUGCACAAUCGCGGCACGCUGGAAGAAGGCGGCACAGAGCGCCCCAUCACGACGACGACUGAAUUUAUCCUCGCGCAGCUGCAGACGCUAAGAUCGCUGUCGACGUCCCUGCGGAGCCUGAUUCCGGAUAUUGAUGACGACGGCGACGACAAAGACAAUGGCGACGCGGAUGAUGCAAAAGACGGCAAGAGCUGGCGUCGCGAACGCGCCGAGUACAUUGAAACCGCGUCGAGACGGUACCUCGAGACGGUCGCGGGCGUGGAGCUCGGCCCCGCGGGUGAGGUGCGCGACGGCGAGUGGCAGGGUCCCGGGAGGGGCCUCGCGAGGGACGAGGUUGAGGGCUUGGAGGCGGUGGCGGCGGCCUUGGGCGCGCAGCAGCAGCAGCAGCAGCAGCAGCAGCAGCCCGCGACGGAGGAAGCGCCGGCGCCAGCGCAAGAGCAAGUCCCGGGAAGCGGCGCUGGGCAAGACGAGGACGAGGACAUGGCCAAGUCGUAG